AUGGGGGCUUGCGCCAGUAAGGCGCCCGAGGAUCACCGCGCGGACCGCGCUCUGCACCUGGCGACGCGGCGGAAGGAGGGAUGGGGCGUGUCGAGGGGCGGCGAGGGGACCGGGCGGCCGGCCAUAACAGCGUCGGCGCGGGCGGACGCACCGACGACACCACCGGGGGUUGACGAGAAGAUGGAAGAAGCGGGAGACUCGGCACCGCCGGUGGAGGAGGAGGAGGAGGAGGCGCCCGCGCCCGAGCCCCAGACGCCCCGAGCCCCACCGCCCGUGCCGCACCUCACGCUCGUCUUCGUCGGCCUCGACGGCGCGGGGAAGACCGCGGUGAUACGCGCGCUGGCCGCGAACGACGGCGCCGGUCAGCGGAAAAGCGCUGCUUCAUCAGUCCACCCAGCAGAAGAAGGAACGCUCUGCGCGCCCCCGACCACGGUGGCGGUGACGUAUCACGCGGGUUUAACGGCGUGCGGGGUAUCCCUCGACGUCGUGGACGUCCCGGGGGGCGGGGUCGUCGCCGGAAACGCUCGACACGUUGCGUGGCGCCGACACCUCGACGCCCUCCUCACCCCCGAGGUUGAUGAUUCCAAAUUGCCAAAAAACCAAAUUGCCAAAACGACGAGUGCCAAACCGGUUGCCAAAUCGGUGGACUGCGUCGUGUUCGUGGUGGACUCCGCGGACGACCUUCGCAUGGCGGUCGCGAGGGAGGAGCUGUGGCGCCUGUGCGGACUCGUCCCGCCCGGGGACGAGAACGCCCCCGGACGGUAUCGAACCCUCGACCGCUCGGCGGCGCCCUCGCGGCUCGCCGACUCGACCGCGAGCGUGCUGGUGCUCGCGAACAAGUGCGACGUCGACGGCGCACUCGCCGCGGGGGAGGUGGGCGACGCCCUGGACCUGAGUGAGCUGCGCGCCGAGAUGGGCGCGGUGGGGGUGCGCGUGAUUGGAUGCGAGGCGUGCAGCGCGGUGGACGGGGGCGGGAUAGAGCGGGCGCUGGAGGGGGCGCUGCGGCGAGAGCGGUGA